AUUAUGCGCCUUAAGCUCUUGCUGGCGAACAUAUUAUCAGUUUGAUAGAUAAAUAUAUCACGUUCCGUGUCGGCUCUUAUCUCGUUAGAAAUAUGAGAAUCGUCGAAGUCGUCGAUGUAACGUAUCGGGAGAGAUACAAGUUUGAAGUUUUUAUUUUAAAUAAAUGUAUGAAAUUUGCGUUAUCGUGUACAUCUCGAUUGAUUUUGAAAACGCAAGCUGUAAGAUGGUGGUGCGAUGCACUGGAAGAAUUGCUGCAGUGUCCAGUAUGCUUAGAGACAACACCAACGGGUACUAAGCAUCAGUGUGUAAAUGGGCAUCACAUUUGUGUUGCAUGUAAGGAACAAGUACAUUCUUGUCCUCUGUGCAAAUCACAAUUUAUUAACACCAGAAAUUUAGCUGUGGAACAUAUCACAGCAAAAUUAGAAGAGAUCAAGUUGUCUCUAUUGCAUCCAUAUCAUGCACUUAAUAGAAAAAGAUUAAAAGGUAAGGUAUGUGUAGCCACUCAGACCGAGGGCACUUGCAUACCUUCUACGUCAUACGUAUCAGUUUCGUGUCAAACUGAGACUAAUGAAAAUCCGGCUAAAGAAAAUCUGCCACAGCAUGAGCCCCAGCAUGAACAGAAACAACAGUUAAUUAUUCUCUCACCUAAAGUAGGGAAAGGACAAUAUCCAUGCCGUAUUGGGUCGUGUGCAGUAGAGUUGCCACAUGGUAGAAUGAUCGGCCACCUCAGAUAUUACCAUAAAAAUUCAUUUUAUGAGUUCUCCACUAAAUGUUAUUACAUAUUCAAGCAAAAUUGGAAUCUGGAGUACACAUCGGAAGAUUACGAUUAUGCUUUUUUCAUCAAAGGCAUGGGUUUGUUUUUCCUGCACUUAGCUGUAGACCAUAAAGGUGGCUUAAUAGGUGCUGUGCAAAUGGUUAAUUCCAAUGAAGCUGCAAGACAAUUUGUGUAUGCGUUGAAGGUGGGAGGUGGACCUCAGGGGGUUCGCUACAGUGCAGAGGUGAAGUCGUGUCGGAAGGAAACUCUUGCGGAGGAUUAUUUGUACGUACGUGACGGCAGCAUGCGUCGCAUAACGUAUAACAAUGCCUUUCGUUGCGAACUCACGAUUAAUCGUAAAAACGAACGUAGACCGAACACUGUACAGGAAAAUCCGUCUUUAAACGAUGUUAACAACGUUCGUCGCGUCUUCGAUGAGACCAACGUGGUACAUUAAAUCGGUUUUUCAUUCCCCCCCCCCCUUUUUUAUCAACAGACCCUAAAACAUAGUCGUAAACGUAUCGAUAUUUACCAAACUAUGUACCAAAGGAUGCGAUAACUUAUGAUAAUUUGUGAUAAUUAUGCACGUCAGAGGAAUGUAAUUAUCUUUGCACAGAGAAACCCGUUUAUUUUUCCGACAGAGAGUACGAAAUGAAUUUUUGAAUCUUCUGACUGUAUUUGUGCAAUGUAACGUUCCUAGAAAUUAUUCAAGUCUUCCGACUGGAUUCUGUUCUAGCUCGACCGUUCAUUACAUCAAUGAAUUGUGUUAUUUGAUUGUUCAGUUAAGGAAACUUGAGAAUGUAAUUAUUUAAAUAAGUUUAAAUUGACGAAAGAGAGGAUCCAACGUCUCCAUCUCUUCAGUUUUCACUUUUAUAUGGAAGUCUUAGAGCUUGUAAACGUUAAAAAAAAAAUCUAAAAAAACAACUGCGCUCAGCUGCAGAUUGAAAUAUUGUAGUUAAAUAUCGACGAUUAAUUAAUAAAUGUAAAUACUAUGUAGAUAUAGUAUGCGUCAUUUUGAAGCGCUUACAUAUUCCAAGACUUCUAAGCCGAAGAUAGAAGAGACGGAGAUCGAUCCUUAAAUAAAUUGUCAAGAGUAUAUUUUUCGUGUGAAUUACGGAGCUGCCUGAUUGGCGGUUAAUAAGCGCAAGAGGGAAGAAGUAGGCCUUUGUCGCGGCGAAAAUGCGGUUGUCAAUGCGAGUAUAGUGAUUUGACAGUAAGAUGAUUUUUCAGUGUUUCGUCGCGCAAUUACACAGACAGCUCCCACUUUUCCUGAAAACGAGAUGGAAGAUAAGAGAAAAGAAUACCUCCUGUGUGUGCUACGUUGCCUAAAACUUUCUAUAGAUAUAUAUAUUUCUCUUCCUUUUUUCUUUAAUUAUAUAAUAUCAGAAGUCUUGAUUUUUUUCGGAAUGAUUUUUUUUCUUUUUUCAAGAACUUCGCCGUGACGAAACGAAGGAGCAUACUUCGUGAUGUUACACUUCGAAUAUGACGCAUGCUACAACUUAUGUAUGUGUGUUAUUACAAAAGGAACUCGUUGUUAAUAUUUUAAUGUGAAAUAAAGUCAUUACAUAAAAAACAAAAGAAACAAGAACGAGUGUUCAUCCGUAAUAGCCGUUCAUCCUAAUUUACGUAGUCGGCGCAAUCGUGAUGACACGAGGAAUUGAGGCGAAACGACGCGGUGUUCGGUGACGACACAUUGCUGAUCGGGUUCCGGUUUGAAAUUACACUCGCGCGAUAUAUCAGUAUCUCCUAAGUAUGUCGCCGAGAUACAGAAGAGAGACGCGCGCGUUUCGCUCGUAAUUAGCGUCUACAUUUCCCUUAAUUUCCUGCGCACUAAUUAACAUACGCUAAGAGCUACUUGCACCUUGCACCUCUAAUAGUACAUUUUUUUUGCUUUUUUGUUGCUUGCUUAUUUAAUCCCGUGCAAAUUAAGUUGUCAUCUGUUAAAUCAUCCGUCACUUGUCUUGCUCGCCCUCCCCCCCUUUCUCCCCCUUUUUGCUCGUGUUUUCCUUUGAAAUCGCUCGGUUUGCGAGAAAUUCGCUGCGAGAGUCGCGUGAGCGGCGCGUCUCGAGAACUUCCUUCGCCGGGGCUCUCGUACACGCGAUUAAGAGAAAAAAAAAAACAAA